AUGGUAAAGAGCACAACUGAACCGAAAGAUCGAUCCUAUUUGAAAAUAAUUGGUUUAGUUUGGAUACUUAUUGAAUGUAGUCUCGUAUCUGGAAAUAUAUUUGGUUUUGCGUCCUUGUUCGGUGUUUUGCCCCAGUAUCAUAUAUACGAAUUUCGUUGCAAAGUUCUAUCAGAAAAAAUUGUUUCGAAUGAUACAAAAACGGUUACUAAAGAUUGCCGUGAACAAGUCGAUGAAUAUCAGCUUGCAUUUGCAUUGGGAAUUGGAUUUUUUAAUUUACCCGCGGUUGUCAUCGGCAUGUUUGGAGAUUUUUUCGGACCGCGGUCGCUGAAACUAGUUGGAACCAUUUUUCACUUAAUCAGCUGGUUAUCAUUGGCAUUUGUUGCACCUGGCUACGAUUGGUUGCUUUUAUUGCAUACAAUAUUCUCAUCGCUAGCUGGUAUGUGUGUUCUAUUGUCAUCAUUUGCAAUCUCAGCAAAUUUCACUAAGACAAGAGGCCUAGUAACGUCGUUGAUUAGUGGCGCACAGAAUAGUGGUGCUAUCUGGUUUGCAGUUUUUCAGGUUCUAAUCAAGGAAAAUGUGGCCUCUCUCUCGACAUUAGCAUUUAUUUGGGCAUCAUUUUCGAUAUUGAUGUUUAUUAGUGCGAUGCUUUUCCUCGACUGGCGUUUUGCAUGUGCUCAAACACAAUCGACGAAAAAGAGUGUGUCAGAAGAAGUGGAAGUCAAUCCAACACAGGAUACAUUAGCUCGUUAUUUAACUAACCCAUUGUUCGUCGUUGUCACACUUUUCAUUAGUUGUCUUCUUCUAACGGUCUCAUUCCUACCUGUCGUUUGGUUCCCUUGGAUAAUGAAUCUGACGGGAAAAAACGUGAAUCUAUCAAAUAGCUACACUUUCUUGUUUAACAUGAGUACGGUUCUAUGUAUUGUUAUCGCACCGAUAUGUGGAAUCAUUCUCGAUUACAAAGCAAGUCAAGGUUAUGUACGAAAAAUAUUCAACAUUUCUAUUGUACAAACGACAACUUGGGUAGCAUCAAUCGUUCUUUGUAUCAUCUGUAUGCUUCGAUCAAUUGCCGCAGCAUUAGUGGCUAUCCUGGUUUUUGUCUUUUCACGUACGAUGCUCGUCACUGGAUGUCAAGCAGUAAUUGCAAUUUCAUUUCCACCACAGUUCAUCGGCACCCUUCUCGGAGUCAUGUGGACAACGGCAGGUAUCGUUAGUUUUGUUACUUACGGCUUAACACGUCUGGCUACAAAUCCUGAACAUGCUUGGAGAGCUUGGCUAGUGAUUUUAUCGUUAUGUUUGGUCAUGGGCGGGCAUAUCAUUCAACUUUGGAAUCUGUACUUUAAAGCGAGAAAACAAGCAAAACAGCAACUAACGAAGAACGAAGAAGAACUCGUUACUCUGAAAUCAUCCACCGAUCAGUAG